UCAGGCCGAAAUCCGAACUAGGUUGCCAAAUUUUCCAGAGAGACAUUUUAUUUAUAACCCCCUUUUUUAAAACAACAAAAACAACAACUCAGGGCUGUGAACAUAUCCAACACACCUUCCUAUUUUCCUCACAACAUCAGUCCUGUGAGAUGGGUUGGACUGAGAAAGAGUGACUGGCCCAAACCCACCCGACUGGCUUUCAUGGCUAAGGCAGGACUUGAACUCAUGGUCUCCUGCUUUCUUGCUAGGUGACUUAACCUCUUGACCAAGCUGGCUCUAGAUCAAACUGACUUCAUAAGCUUUAUCCAUCCAUUUUUUUCCUGGUAACUUAGAAGGAGCUGGCAUGACAUAAGAAUGCUUUGUUAUCACAUUCUCUGUGACUCUGAGAAAUAAGACUUGGGCGCUUCAUAAGAUGUUUUCUCCCUCCUGUAAACUGGAGACUUAAAAUCAGCAAGGUUAGAAUUAGUAUGCUUUAUGGUCUGUCCCGAAUCAGUAGUUAUAAAAUCUACAGAUUGCUCAAGUCAGGAUCCUGAUCUCAGGAAUAUUCAUAUGUGCAUCCUGAAUGUUUCAACCUCCAGCACUAUCGGCCAAUAUAGGGGCUGACAGAGAACAGGGCAGAAAACGUGCCUUUUCCACUGCUUAUCCCUAUCCUGCCUCUACAGCUGUGGGUGGAAAAGGAGUAGAAAGGAGGACGGGUGCAUGUAUAUGGAAUAUCCGUCUCAGAAUAUACUAUACCCAUCUGUUGGUGAUACUGUUCCUGAAAUCUCUGUAUCAUUUAUUCCUAUAUCUUGCUAUGGAAAAAUAGUGCCUUAUUCAGCAGAUAAUAACAAUUCCAUACAGUCUAGAAGUUGUUCGUUGAAUUUUACAAUUGAUACUAAGAUGAGCUUUGAAGAACCCAAUGAAACAGUAAAUGGAAAAAAGCCUUCAACUAUUGGGAAUCUCUCUGAAGUGACUUCUCUAAGAAAGGAAGAAACAGCAAGAGCUACAGCUGGUCUUGCCGAAAGAAAAUGCUUAAAGAAUAUAUGUAUUUCAGAAUCAGAUAAUGAACUACAUAGGGAAUGUAGCAUCCCUGAGAUUCAAAAACUCAAACAUGUAAAUUGGACAGAAUUGUUUCUUGAUCAGUCUCCCAUUGGGGAUAGCAUUCAGGAAAGUAAUCAACCUGUCUGGGAUCACUGCAUAUUAAAAAAGAUGGUUCAAAGUAACAGGAGCAAAGAUAGCAUAAAUAAAAAGCCUGACACUUUUGAUCCAAAGCUGUUAUAUGCAAAUAUUUUAAAAAGCUCUGUAGCCUUUGAAAAUAAUUCAGAGAAUUUUGAACAAGAAACUCCUGGGACUUUGGUAACUAAUAAUACAUCAUGUCCUGCAAGCUUUAUUUCAGAUUCCAUCCAGCCAGCCAAACAUAAAAAUGAAAACUAUUUUUGGGCUCCACUCAGUGACAGUUCGGAUGAAGAGUGGACAAAUAUGACAGAAAAUAAUUUAAAGUGGACAACUAUGGACAGCAAAAAUUAUAAAAGUGCUAACUUUGACAAUCCAACUAUUAUGAAAUAUUUCAAUUCAUCAAUGCCGGAAGAGGAAUUUACCUUCAAAAUAAUGCUUGACAGCUACGAAGAAUGGAAUUCAGGAAUGGAAACCUUGGAUAUUCGAGAAUAUAAAUGCAAGAGUUUUACCCAGACUCCAAAAUAUGAAGAUUUUAGUGGAAGACGGAAUUCCAUAAAAAGCAACCAUGAAAAGUCUACAAAUGGAAAUAUCCAUUUUCAUUUCAAGUCUACAGUAGAAAAAGAUAUGCUGAGGGAUCAGGUAUCAGGUAUUCCACCUCUAGAGAGAGCCUCAGACCAGAGAAACGAAUCUAAAUUACAGCAAACGCUGGAAAUGGACAAGAUCUUUAAAGGGAGGAAAAAUAAACAGGAAGUCAAUUUUAACAAAAAUAGUUGUGAUACAUAUCAAAAAGAUGCAGAAUUGAUAUCUCUAUUGGAAUAUUCAGUUAUGCAAAUUAAGAGCAGUUCGGAGAGUUCAUUACUGAAGCCUUCAGAAAAUAAUGCUUAUAAAGUAAAUAAUACUUAUAAAGAGGACUCAGACUCUUUGAAUCACAAAAGCAUGAAUAAGAGCAAUAGUGACUGCAUUUUGCUAGCUAGGCCUCACCAGAUCAGGGAUGACCAGGUAGUCCAUAAGCCUUGUAUCGUCUCCAAAAAUGAGCAAAGCUCUGUAAAUGAUAAUAUUUCUGUAAUUGGCCUCAAAUCAGCAUUUGGUGCUAAAGAAUUCCUCACUGCAACUGUUAAAGGGGAUGGUCAUGAGAAACCACUUUGCAGCAAUACAUUCCCAUUAGAUUUCAGCCAUAGUGAUGGCAUUUUGGCUAAAUAUUAUUUUUAUUUGAACUAUCUCAAUGAGUCCAAAAGAUUUCAAGGUGAAAAUGCCCAUCGGUUCUUUUUUUGUCAAGAACAUGAUUUUUCCAAAGAAACCUACGAUACUGGACCCUGUUACUGUAAGAAUAAUAGCAUGUAUGAGGAGCAGACAGAUGAAAAUAUGAUCAAUGAUCUGGGAACUUCUGAAGGCAAUAAAAAGACUGAGAUCAUCAAACAGCAAAAUCAUUUCAAAGAUCAGGUGUUGAAGCCCCAGUCUGCAAAUAGCAGCCUCAAACAAAUGGAGAGAACAGGCAGUUUUAAAGACCAGGACGUUUUUGAAAGCAGGAAAUCAAGCCCCAAACAGGCUAGUUCUAAGAAACAUUGGGAAAGAGCCAGCAUUUCGUGCUCAUCUUACACACAGAGAAAACUGAAGCCAAGUAGAUCACAUGUCCAAAGACCUGCAACAGGCAAGAAGUUAAUAAGGAAGAGCAGUUAUAACUCCGAGAGCCGUCCAUCUUCAGGGACACAACGUAGGCUACAGUAUGAAAACACUCCUCAAGGUUAUAACAAAUUAAACAUGAAAAGUGACUUCAGUCUCACACCAUGGCUGCUGCUUCCUGAUGAAUUGUGGCUUUGUAUCUUUUCCCUGCUGACUCAUAAAGAUAUUUCUCGGAUUUCCCAGGUCUGUCAUCACUUUUAUCAACUAGCUGGAGAUAAGUCCUUUUGGAAGAAGAUUCAGCUUAAAGAUUGCCACUGCUUGAAUGAUGAUUGGUUGAUUAGUUUAGGAAAACACCACCCUGAAUGUUUCACUCUUGAUCAUUGCCAUGAUAAAAAUAAGAGAAUUUCUGAGGUUGGGCUAAAACAAUUCUUCCAGUACUGUGAAGGAUAUCUUAAGGCACUGAAUAUAAAAAACUGCAGUGGUUCUGGAUAUAAAGGGGACAGCGUUCUUCUUCACGCAAGCACCUUUUGCCAUAACUUGGCAGUUGUAGAUAUAAGUUGGACAGGAGCUACUGAUUUUGGACUCAAUUCCCUGGUUAAAGGUUGUAGCAGUUUACAGUGUUUUUCUGCUAAUGGAUGCCAGAUUACCAAUGAGUCAGUAAUGGCCUUGAUUGGAAAACAUGGAAAAAGCCUUAAGAAACUGGAAAUAUUUGGUUGUCAAGCCAUUACUGACAAAUGCUUGAAAUCAAUUACUACUAAAUGUCCAGGUCUAGAGGUUUUGAACAUUGGCAGACUUCAUAGAAUCUCUCAGGACUGUUUAGUGCAAAUGGUAAAUUCAUUGCAAAAACUUACUAGCCUCAAUGUCACAGGCCUUGAAAUGAUGAGGGAUUCUCUAGUACAUUGUAUUUUGAAGAAAUGUCCUAAACUGGAUUGUUUGGUUCUUAACUCGUGUGCUCACAUAACUAACAUCAGUCUACUUGAAAUUAGCUCUUAUCUGCCAGGUAUCAGGUACCUUGAUGUUAAUGGAUGUAAAGAUGUGAGUGAUAUUGGAGUUCAAGCUUUGGCAAGGAAUUGCCAUAAACUUUCUUAUCUUGAUUUGAGUUCCACAGCAACAAGCAAAAGAGGGGUUUGCUUGUUGGCUAAUUUCUGCUUUAAUAGCUUAGAGCAUCUGAAGCUGAAUUACUGCAAGAAUAUCUCUCUAGAUGCAGUUGCAAAACUAUGUAAAAACUGCAAAAGACUGAGAAUGCUUCACUUAUAUGGUUGCCGCUUUAUACCUGAUCUGGAAUCCAUUACAAAAUUUAAUAAAACUGUUAAAAUAUUUCAUAACCUGACAAUUGGAACUGUGAAAUUGUUAACUGAAUGAGAACUCUGCCAAAUCUUUCAGCAGUUGCUAAUGAAUAAUUCAGAGUUUGACUAUGUUUUUAUGUGGUUAAAAUGUAGAAAGUAUUAUCCAAUACUUCCUAUUUGUGAUACUUUGUCAUCUGUGGAAUAGUCAAAAUGAAGAAAAUCUUGUUAGAGCUGUUUUCAAGAUAUAUUUCCAGUUUAUUUGAUGAUAUAACUACCAUCACCAAAUUUAAAUGACACGAUGUUCUCAGAAGAUCUAACCUCUCUAGAUAUUGGACAUUUAAAUUAGAGCUGCAUUCUGACUGAUAUCUCUUUUUAAACCAAUACCUACGUAAUAUAUUUUGGAACAAAACCUUCUUUUGCUUUUUUAUGCUGAGAGCUCUGCCUUCACUGCUUGCACUAUGGCUCAUAAAAAUAAAUCGUCUUUUGUUGAAUGCUUUUUCUGCCAGUUGCUUGAAUAACAUGGGUUGUCCCUCUGGCUGCUACACUGAUGUCAGUCCUACAUAGGCGGAAACUGGCUGCCCGAAUAAUACAUCAAGAACCAUCUGUUUUGUAAGCUGCAUCUUCUGUGACACCACUAAACGACACCGUAUUUGAUUUUAAGGAGAGAGUCAAAGCAAAGGGCUUGAACAUUAUGGCAAGAUAACUAUCAGCCUUCCCACAAUGUUGCAUUUCUCUAGGAAGUCAAAUACAAAAUUUUGAUAAGAGUGUACUAUUAACCUUUGGUCACAGUAUUUCUAGAUAACAUUGGCACACUGUGUGUCAGAAAUGGAUGCAAAAUCUUACUGUUAGAUAUCUCUCAAUUUCUUGGGUUAUACUAGGUAGCCCAGCCCAGCUACCUCAAAUAUCUCAGAAACCAUCUCUGGUCUGAAUGCUAUUUACUUCAGAAGAAAAUCAUCUAAAUCCUUUCAUCUCAUAAAGCUGAAUUAGUAUCUCCACAAAAUGUUUCUUAAACCCGAUUUUUUUCCAAAAUGUUCUGUAACCAUCACAUUUACCUUAUCAUCAUACCAUAACCAUGAUUUUAGAAACUAAUCCCUUAUAAAUAACCAAUAACAAAUUUCGACACCAAUUAAAAAUUCUUAAGCAGAUGCUUAUAUUUUGUAAAGGAAUAACAAUUAAGAGAGACAAAAUGCCUAUUUCCAUAUAUAUAUAUAUAUAGAGAGAGAGAACAGACAUAGGAAACUAAAUGGCAACACCUUGUAUUUUAUUGUUUCAGAGGGCAGGAAUAGAACCAAGACAUAAAAGGAAACAGAAUUGGGUAGAAAAUUACCAGAAAAUUGCAUUUUUUUUUACAGUUAAUAGAUGAAGACCAAUGAAAUGUAAAUAUCUUUGGAUAAAUGGGCUUUGUGCAAGUGAUAUUCAAAAAGAGGUUGAAGAAUCAUCUGUCAAACAUGCUGCCACCACGAUAACACUUUUAUUAUGAAAAUUUGAUAAUGAUCUCUAAGCUCCCUUCCAAAUCUAAUAUCUCUGAUUUUAGGAUUCCAGUAUCAAAAAUUGUAUUCUGAGUAGUGCCUUUCCUCCUCAAUUAUGUAACUUCUUUUUCUGCUGAAACUUACCGCAAAUCUAUGCUCUUAAGAUUAGGAAGAAUACAACAGAAUCCCAUGUACCUAUGGACAUCAUUAACACUCAUCAAACUUCUGUCCCCCUGAUAGAAUUGUAAAAUAUAUUGUUUUAAUUAAAGAUUAAAUGGAAA